AUGGACGACAAUCUGGCUGCUCCUCCGCCCAAUGAGGCCGUCUCUUGGCGGCAGCAGUGGUAUGACGGGCUCGAGGAAGCCAGCACCUUAUGGUUCCUCCCUCUAGAUGCACAAGGGAUGAUGGAUGUCCUAACUCCUCUACAUGAGAUGAUCGACCUGCCCGCGCGAAAUGCUGAGCAGACAUCGUUCCGGGCGAGUGUAGGGGACGAUCUGGCCAAGGCGCGACAUCAUACAAACCGGUACCUGGUCGAACAGGAUUUGAUGCAAAUGCAAGAGGCUUGGGAUCUGUACUACUCCGUGAGCAUCUCGACACCCCACUCCCCCUGCCCGCUGCCACUGAGUUACAUCAGGUAUUCCAGCGCAUCAGUAAAGAGAUCCGACCGGCCGCACCAGUACAGCAAGAGGCAUGACGAUGACAAGGCACAAGGACAAGGACAAUGGAAGAGGAUGCAUGGCUAUAUCCGAAGGAAUAGAUUUAUCCUCGCUUAUGGACCGGUAACAGCACGAAAGUACAACUGA